CUUGUUGGUGAUUCUGUUUUUUAAGUUGUCUUUGUGGACAAAGACUUCAGUUUUCAGUUUUCACGAAACGUGGUGCAGAAGACUUGUAGGCUGUUGCUGCGGCAGCGAAUAAAAAUAUUAACUUAAAAUAUUUUUUUUGCAAAAUAGUUAACUUGGAACCAAUACAACGGCAUUAAAAAAGUGAACAGCACAGAAAGAAACAGCAUACAUACAUUGUUUUAACUUUGUCUAAUUAUCCGUUUUGUAGGGAAAUUUGGUUUACGGAUGCGUUUCGCGUUUUUAGCAUUCCUUAAUAAAAAUGUUUUGACAAUGCAGGAUAGCUAUCAACACAACACUGGCGAUACACGUGUGGAAAUAACGCGUUGUAGAAGAUGCCCAGCUAUAAAGCUGAUGCCAAAUGAAGUAAAAGAAUGAAAUAAAAGUAAAACGCCGGCCAUAUAACAGAAAUAUAUCGAAGAAACAAUAGAUGAUUGUCCCGAAGCAAUGUAAAGGAGUAUAUGAGUAUAUUUGUGUAGGCAGAUUUUUCUAGGCAAUUUUGCAGUCAUGCAGCAGGAGCACUUGUUCAAAGUUCUCGUAAUCGGGGACCUCGGCGUUGGUAAGACUUCAAUAAUCAAGCGCUAUGUUCACCAAAUCUUCUCUCAACACUAUCGUGCUACUAUUGGAGUCGACUUUGCCUUAAAAGUCUUAAACUGGGAUCAUCAAACAGUCAUCCGCCUGCAGCUGUGGGACAUCGCUGGACAGGAACGUUAUGGAAACAUGACUCGGGUGUAUUACCGGGAGGCAGUGGGUGCACUUGUGGUAUUUGAUGUGACGCGUGCCUCCACCUUUGAGGCAGUGCUGAAGUGGAAGGAUGAUCUGGACACCAAAGUCACGCUGGGCAAUGGCAGACCUGUCCCUGCUGUGCUGUUGGCCAAUAAAUCUGACCAGUCACGUGAAGGCCUGUGCUCACAGCUGCCCAGGCUGGAUGCAUUCUGCAGGGAAAAUGGCUUUGUUGGCUGGUUCGAGACCUCUGCUAAGGAGAACACAAACAUUGAUGCCGCAGCCAGGUGUCUGGUGGAAAACAUCUUGGCGAAUGAAGAGAGUGCAGGUGUGGACUCAGACCCUGAUGUGCUGGUUCUCCCCGGGUUGAACAACAACACCAAAGACCGAGGCCACUCUGGCUGUGCUGCCUGCUCCAAGUUCUAACCAUGGGACUGGAACAAUUUGGGACGGACAUGUGGACUGGCUCACAGUGGGGAAAAAUGAAUGCAAAAGAAAGGUUGAGAUGGGGAGAAUGAGAGGGGAAGAAUGCAAAUGCUUGAGUGUAUAUGUGUGUGCUUGAUAGUUUUGCGGUUGCAUUAUGUAGCUUGUUCAACACUGUAUAGUUGUAUAUUUUCUGUGAAAUCUGAAAACAAAUUGCAAUCAUUGAGAUUUUAAAAGAUGAAUACGGGGGCCAACUAAAGAUGGAUUAGUCCAGAGCUUUCUUUUGCCGCAGUGAUAUAGGCUGACUGUUGUUAAUGCAUCUUGUGACCCUCAAGGUCUUCACCUCCAUGUUAUAUUUUGAUCACUUGAGCGUGAUCAAAACUUCAAAAAAUGUUUUUUUUUUGUUUUUUUUUGCCACCUCAAAAGAAUGGCAUGUUGAUUCUGACAGAAGCCAAGCUAUAACCGGUUUGGGCCGUUUCACUUCACGGUGGGCUGAUCAAACUCAGGAAUCUGCCUCCCUGGAAACAAGAUGUUAGAUUGGGCUGAAUAAUGGUCAAAACACUAAAGCUGUCUAUGGCUAAGGUGACUGAAAAGCUGAAAUGGCUGAGGAUGAGCUGCUCAUAAGCAUGGAUCUGUGAAGAAUGUGAACAACAUGACCUCAGACUCCAGGCAUCUACUGCAGCACGUGAAACAAAACCCCUCUCUCCCCAAAUACUGGCUCUAAUUGCAUUUCUAUUCACGUGGAAGAUAACGUCUAGAUUCCUGUGUGAAUUGAUGGAAGACUAUUAUUCCUCUGUCGCUUUUAUAUUCAGUAAUUUUCUUUUUCUUUUUUUCCCUUCCUUGCUUGCCUUGCUGCCUUGUCAUUGCAGUUUCAUCCAGGGAAGAAAGAUCCUACGAUAGUUGUUUUGUGAUGGUAUCUAGAAGGCCUUUUAAAUAUACAGAUGUUUUUAUUGUAAGUGUUUAUGAGUGCUUCAAUGGGUGUAUUAAAAACUGAGGAGUGGAAAACCAAGCAGUCAGCUUUGUGAAGGAACAGAUGUUUGUGUAAAAGGCUUGGCCCCCUGUACAAAGAGGUAGAGUAGUCACAUUUUCAUCUAUUUAUAGGGGGCCAAUAAUGGAAGUCUAAACCGUUUGUUAUGGUCCUGUGUCAUAGUGCUGUCAAAACUGAAACAAUAAACAUGAACAUGCUUUAGCAUGACAUCCACAA